AUGUCGGACCCCAUCGAUGUGGACGAAAAGGGAGCACCCGAAGGCGGCAUGCUUCCCGAGAUGCACAGCGUGCACUCAGGAAAAGUGGUCUCUAUUCGUCCUUUCGGCGCUUUCGUUCGAAUUGCUUCAGGUGAAGCAUACAAGGACGGCCUGGUGCACAUCUCCUGCAUUGCUGCAGGGCGCGUAAAGGACGUAGCUGAGCACUUGGAUGUUGGUGAGAAAGUCUGGGUGAAGGUGGCAAAUAUCAACCAGGAGGAAGGAAAGCUUGGACUGGACAUGAGAUAUGUGAACCAGGAAACCGGGGAGGACCUUGAUCCACGACAUAAAGAAGGACGCUUCCCGAAGGGGGGAGGCAAGCCAAAGCGUCAGAGCACCGAGGACAUGGUGAAAGAUGCAAAGACCAUGAUGGACGAGAUCAAAAAGAUGAAAAAAGAGACGAAGCUAAAGAAAAAGUUCUUCAAGAAAGAAGCGAAAAAAGCGAAGAAGUUGAAGAAGCUGCAGAAAAAAGAGAACCCGGUCAAGGAGGUCAAGACAGCAAAAUCGGAGAGCAGUAGCUCCUCGUCCUCCUCUUCAUCUUCCAGCUCCCUGUCGGAAGGAACUCAAGCACGUUUGCGGAAGGAAUACGGGCUGCCCAAGACUGCUGUCAAGGCAGAGAAGAAGGAAGGCAAGAAUGGGAAGGAUAACACCGGAAGGAUUGUCUUGCGAGAAGCUGAAGAAGUUGGCCGUGAAAGCAAACGCGUAAAGGAGCGAAGCAAAGGAAAGUCUGCACAGACUGCACGGCCCAGCCCUGCACAGAAGGACCGAAGUGUGCCAAAUGGUGAGCGAGGCAAGGAGCGCGGUCACGGACGUGGACGUGGAGAUGAUGGAGAGCGAGACGAGAGACCUAGGUCCAGGCGACGGAGAGAGCGCAACGACAGCCGGGCUCGGAGGCGAGCAAGUGACUCCCGCCAGGCAUCUCGGUCUCGGAGCCACAGGCGAGACAGGCGGAGGCGUCCCCUGCAUCCCCCGGCCCGGCACCGGAACGACAGCCGAGACAGUCGUGACAGAAGACGGGAUUCUCGUGACUCGAGACCGCCAAGUCCAGAAGCUGAGAAGGAAAAGAAAGACGAAACGCAAAAGCAGGACCCUGCAGAGCGCGAGAGGGCUCGCCUGUACGCCAGCGGAGCGGCAAGCGACAUAGAGGCGGAAGCAGGGAAGGGCAAGGAGGCCGCAGAGAAGGCGAAGAAGCGUCAAAAGAAGGACCAACCCGAGACGAAGCCGACUUCCAAGGUCAAAGGAGAGAAAGACAAGAAAUCCAAGAAGCGCACUGAAGAAGGUGAAGCGCCCACCAAGAAGCGCAGCAAAAGAUGA